UAAUUAGAUUCAACGAGUUCUGUUUGCUUUCUUGCUCACGAGACAUUUGAGAAUGGGCCAACACCUGUCACAUUAUCAGUAUGGAGAUGGGAUUUGCUAUCCAUCCAUUCAUUUAACCCAAACAUGUGAAGAGAAUUGGAGAGCAACUUGACCUCAUUAUCUCUGCGCCGUAUAAGCCCAAUUUAUGGCCUUGUAAUGUAAGCUACUGUAUCGGCGGUGCAGAAUGAAUGAAGUAUUUUAAGCUUUCUGCCCUUUUUUAAUGCACAAGUCACCUAAGACCCUGUGGCUUUACUUCCCACAUGGGUUGCAUUUGAACACAAACCUUUUCACUUUAAAAUAUGGAAAGAGUUGGUUGAAAGUCGUUGAGCUCAUUCACGAGAUUGUUUGAGCUCACCCCACCUUUGAAUUCUUAUAUAUAUGUGGAGUAGAAUGGGAUGAUUUUUGUGUUCCUCUGCCAUUGGUCUCUGUCUCUGGUUUGAAGUUGCUCCUGCCCACAAGUGAAAGAUGACCAAAUUCGGUAUUAUAAUGGUUGCAUUUUUGGUAAUGCAGGGGGCAACAGGGGCACCUGAUUAUAAGAGUGCUCUUGCGAAGAGCAUUCUGUUUUUUGAGGGCCAGCGAUCUGGUCCUCUGCCUCCAUGCCAGAGACUUACUUGGAGGAGAGACUCUGCUCUCAGAGAUGGAUCUGAUGAAAAUAUAGAUUUGGUUGGGGGAUACUAUGAUGCCGGAGAUAAUGUAAAGUUUGGGUUCCCAAUGGCUUUUACUACGACUAUGUUGGCAUGGAGCGUGGUGGAGUUUGGGGAUUCCAUGGGGGAUGAGCUUGAAAAUGCAAAGGCAGCAAUCCGUUGGGCUACAGAUUAUUUUUUCAAAGCUACUUCUACUCUUCCUGAGAAAAUGUUUGUUCAGGCAGGGGACCCCAAUGGAGACCACAAUUGUUGGGAGCGACCAGAAGACAUGGAUACCCCACGCACAGUUUACAGUGUGGAUACCGAGCAUCCAGGCUCCGAUGUCGCAGGCGAAACUGCUGCGGCAAUGGCAGCUGCCUCCAUGGUCUUCAAAACAUCAGACCCUACUUAUUCCCAAAAUCUUCUUCAAGCUGCAACUCAGAUCUUCGACUUUGCGGACAAGUACAGAGGAGCUUACAGUGAUAGCCUCAAGACGAGUGUCUGCCCCUUCUAUUGCGACUUUAGUGGAUAUCAAGACGAAUUGCUGUGGGGAGCUUCAUGGCUGCACAAGGCAACUGGAGACGACUACUAUCUGAACUACGUUCACACCAAUGAAAAGACACUCGGAGCCGAUGAAAACAUAAAUGAAUUUGGAUGGGAUAACAAGCAUGCCGGCCUAAAUGUUCUGGUCGCCAAGGAGUACUUAACGGGGAACGCAGUGUUCCUGCAAUCGUACAAAUCACACGCCGACAGUUUCAUAUGCUCGCUGUUACCAGAGACAUCAGGCACUCAUGUCGACUACACCCCAGGCGGACUGAUAUACAAAAUUGGCGGGAGUAACAUGCAGCAUGUAACUUCAAUAUCAUUUUUGCUUCUAGUCUAUGCUAAUUAUCUCAGUAGCUCCUCUCAAUCAAUACCCUGCGGAAGCGUUUCAGCCACUCCCGAAAGACUCAGAUCGAUUGCUAAACGCCAGAUGGACUAUAUCCUGGGAGAAAACCCUCUAAAUCUGUCAUACAUGGUUGGCUAUGGAGAUCGGUUUCCCCAAAGAAUUCAUCACAGAGGCUCAUCAAUGCCCUCCAUUACAGAUCAUCCAGACUUCAUAACCUGCAAAGGCGGGACUAUCUGGUACAACACAACAAAUCCAAACCCUAAUAUUCUGGUGGGAGCAGUUGUCGGAGGGCCUGACAGCAGCGAUCAGUAUGCAGAUGACAGGGUGGACUUCAAACAGUCAGAACCUGUAACUUACAUCAAUGCGCCUCUCGUGGGGGCCCUCGCAUUUUUCAGUGAGGACAAAAAUAACUACUAACUACCUCUACCGCUCACACUGAAAUUAUGGCAGUUUUAGAAGUUGUUGAAACUAAUUACUACUCCUGAAUAAAGUCUUGAAGUAGCUGACCCAAUACUGUACAGAAUCCAGGCGAAUUUCAGGCACGACGAAUCCUCAUUUAUGUACAAACCAUUCAAAGCUGAAACGAUUUAAAUAAAUAAAUAAAUAAUAAUAUGCAGUGAGAUGGAUUUCUUUCAGACAUCCCUGCAGUUGAAGUC